AUGGACAAAACAGUUAUUCAGCCAAGAGUCUCCGACAUUUUGCGUACACAGAUACAAAACCACCAGAAUAUGCUAACUGCAAUCUUGCUUUGUUUCGUGCAAUCUUUUCUUGGUAUUUCCUGCGACUUUGUAUCAAUAACGGUUGCAGGAGAGGUUGAUUUGUCGAAUCAAACGAUUGGAGCAUCCGUUGAGGCAAACUGUGGAACUCAACGUUCAAAAUUUGGUCACAAUCUUGUGGGUCCAUGCAGCCUUUAUAGAUGGUUCUACGAACCAAGAAUAUUUGAACUAACAUGCGUUUGUGAGGCGCAUGAUGAGGAGUUCGCAAAUGGAACUCUCUUGCAGAAAAUGGAUAAAUCAUUUGGGAUUCCCUCAAUUGAUCGAGUGAGAUUUGCUGCAGGUGCUGAUGUAAAGCAAGGGUGUUUCGUAUAUGAACUGAAAAUUCGGACGUUAUCCGAUCCUGUGCAAACUGCUCUUGGCCUGGUGAGUAGAACUUUGCCGAAUGUUGGCUAUCCAUAUGAAGUGGCUUGA